AAUCCAAAAUCAAGAACAAAACAACAACAGCAACACUCUUCAACCUGAGGCUACAAGCAACGGGGCAACCGGGGCAAAUAGUUGUCGUUUGUUCCCCACGCGCUUGCGUGUUGCUGCUGCUUUUCUCUGGCAAUCCGUCCGCCAGUUGGCCCACUACCAGCGCCUCGCAUCGGCGCUGCCUGCCUUCAGUCUUCAACUCGUGUCGUUCCUAAAUUCAACGUGAACGCCAGCAAAAUUGUCUCAAUGAUUGGCUCCUCGAGUAUUGAGUUGCAACUGAUGCCGAAAAGUGCGCCAAGUGAUUUGCACAAUUUCCCCUUAUAACGAAUACCUCAAAUAAUUCAAGUCAGUAAACGACUGUAAACAUAACCAAAGUCAGCGAAAACGCUAAAAACAAAACACAAACAAACAAAAUUCAACAGAAACUAGUUAUUAACGCGUUAGUCAUAGUUAAAGCCAAAAAUGAUAAUGGACAGAAGCGAUAAUGUAAGCGAGAAUGCCUGGACCAAACUGCUGCCAGAGGAUAAGAGCAAAGGAGCUGUGAUUGUCAAAAUGACACAAAAUAAUAAUGAGAAUAUCAAGGAGACGACACCACUUAAUAUUGACCAUCUGACGGCCCAGGCAAUAGCCGUAGCGGCAGGAUUACCCACCAGCGGUGGUGGUGCUGCUGCUGGUGGUGCAGAAGGAGCUGCAACUGGCGACCAGGUCUACAAUAGAACUGCUACCUAUGCCUCGGGCAUUAAUAGCACCGGCGGCGAAUCAAGUGGAAGUGGUACACAAUUAUCACGCAAAGAAUCCAUUCUGGGAACAUUCCAUAGACAUAUAAGAAGAUCAAUCAAGGCGGUUAGUGAAUCGCCAGGACCACUAACAAGGUAUCGGCAGACACGCUUCAGCUCGCGGCGUGUACGAAAACGUGUGGUCUUCAAGCAUGGCGAAUGUAAUGUGGUUCAGGGCAAUGUGGCCAAAAGACGUCGUCGCUAUCUACAGGAUAUCUUUACCACUCUGGUGGAUGCACAGUGGCGCUGGACGCUGCUGGUAUUUGCCGCCAGUUUUGUCAUCUCAUGGGCAUUUUUUGCAUUCAUCUGGUGGAUCAUUGCGUAUGCCCACAAUGAUUUGGAAUACAUUAAUCUGAGCGAAACCCAGCCGGAACUGGUGGCCAAUAUGACGCAUACAGUAUGUGUGACCCAGGUGAAGAGCAUGAUGACGGCUUUCCUCUACUCGAUUGAGACGCAGACAACAAUUGGCUACGGCAAUCGUUAUGUGACCGAAGAGUGUCCCGAGGCCAUAUUUACCAUGUGCAUACAGUGCAUCACUGGCGUCUUUAUUCAAGCAUUUAUGGUGGGCAUUGUGUUUGCCAAGUUAUCGCGUCCCAAAAAACGUGCCCAGACGUUGCUCUUCUCGAGAAAUUCGGUAAUCUGCCAUCGGGAUGGUAUGCCAUGUCUGAUGUUCCGAGUCGGUGAUAUGCGCAAGUCGCACAUCAUUGAGGCCCAUAUCCGUGCCCAGAUUAUCCGCAAGAAGGUGACCAAAGAAGGUGAGGUGUUGCCCUUCUAUCAACAGGAGUUGCAUGUGGGCGCUGAUGGCGGUGAGGAUCGAUUGAUGUUUAUCUGGCCCACGACUAUAGUGCAUAAAAUUGAUCGGAAUAGUCCGCUAUAUAUGCUCUCCGCCACGGAUAUGCUCAAGGAACGCUUCGAAGUGGUCGUUAUGUUGGAGGGUGUUAUCGAGUCCACUGGCAUGACAACGCAGGCUCGUACCAGUUAUUUGCCAUCGGAGAUACUGUGGGGCCAUCGUUUCGUCAAUGUGGUGUCGUUUCGCAAGGAAACUGGUGAAUACGAGGUGGACUACACGCUCUUUAACAACACAUACGAUGUGGAUACACCUCUGUGCAGUGCCAAGCAGUUGGACGAUCUAAAGCUGGAGUACACAAAAAGUCCAAAAGGCAGUCUAGCUCCCUUUCCAGAUCGUACACUGUCGGCCAGCAUGUUCCAGCGCAUUGCAUCGGCCGCUUCGGUUGAUCAUUUGGAUCCGGCCAGUGAUGAAUCGCUGGAUUCGGGUCGUCUGCAAAUCCGCUCCCAUUCCAUACCCAACGGCGUGCUGGCCAGCGAACUGGAGCCGUUGAAUAACAACUCCAAGCACCCUGGGGCAUCCUUUACUAUGGGUGGCCUGACUAUUACCACAACUGCGCCCAGCAUACCAAACCUGACAAGUAUUAACGAGAGAACCAAUUCUGGUAAUUCCAUAAAUAGCAGUGACUACAACAGCAACAACAAUAGCCUCAGCACACUGGCCAUUGCCGGUGCUAGUGGUGGUGGUGCCAGUGGUGCAGGUGGUGGCAUAGCCAUUGUACCCAGUUCGGCCAGCAGCCGUAAGCAAAAUAAUCCACGACGUCUAAGCAUCAAGCAGGAUCAGCUGCCCAUUGAUUCCAUUUGUUGAUAUUAUUAAAUAACACUAAUCUGAGUGAGGAAAAGUGAACCCAGGACCCCUCCCCCCGACGUGUGCCCUCUCCUCAUUUUCCCCCCACGACCAGAAACUGAUGUUGUAUUUUAUAAGUGUUAGGCUCCUAAUUUCUAAACCAAUUUCAAGUGAAUGCUACAAAAUAAGCUAGAAAGAUUCCGAGGGAACUCAACUGUCAUAGAUCCUAGCGUGUGUGCGUAUGUGCGUGUGUGUAUGUGAUCCUUUUUAAAAUGCUGAAACGAUUGCUAUCCCCGCUUUUUUGAUUGCAUGGAUGUGUUAAUUAAGUUAAUGAAUGAUUUUUACAUUGUUAGUUUUUAGUUGUAAUGAAUUUAUUAAAAAUAAGCCUAAAAGUUGAUAUUAUCACAAAUUAUGAUGUGAACACACACCCAAACCAACACUUACACACACAAAAAAUAAACACAAAAAAAAAACACAAUAUAAAGACCAAAAUGCCGCAACAUUUUCUAGCCAAAUAUCUGUAAUUAGCUCGAGCUCAAUGUAAUCUAAACUUUAACAAUUAGUAAAACAGAUUCAGCACGUUUUUUAAAAGUAUUUGUAUUCCCCUUAAUCCUCCAAUUAUGUAUAUCAUAUGUAGUUAAAUAUUUUAAUUACUCAACGAUCUAAUAGAUAUUAUUGCAAAUUUUAAAGUAAACGGCACCACGAUCACUUGUUACAAACAAGGCAAACUUGAGCUUCAAUUAAAAACAAAAAAUAAAAACAAAAUGUGUGGACAAUAAAAUUGUAUGAAUAUGUGAACGAACUAAUUGAUGUAUUUUAAAUUUUAAGUGUAAUAAUAAUGAAGAUUGUGAAUAUGAAAGACCGAAAAUAUAUACAGAAAUGCAAAAGAAAA